GAAGGGAGACAUAGGGGCGGCGCCCUUUGCAACAUCGCGAUCCCCUUUGCUCGAUCCCACUUCCCUCAGGCAGCCACCACCCAAACCCUAGAGUAACACUGCAAAAGCCAUGGCCGCCGCCGACCCCAUCUGGAUGAUGCUCGACCGCUUCGUCUUCCGCAGGGAUCCCGCCGAGUCCUCCAUCGAAGACCGCAGCUAUUCCUUCUCGGCCAGCCACAUCGCCGGGUCCGCCCCCUUCACCGUUGCUUUCCGCGUCCUCAGCCCCCCGGAGAUCUCCCGCCUCUACCUGAAGUGGCCGCCUCUGCUAGAUCCAAUGAAUGGCUCUUCGUGCGAUCUCGUGGCGGCGCACGACAACCUCCUCCUGAUCAGCCUCACCUCCAGCCCCGGGACUGUGAACACGUACAAGUCCCCAGUUUAUCCGCAGGAACACUUCAUCUGCAGAGCCUCCACCUCGCCGUCUCAGCCGUCACUGAUGCUCCACAAGAUCCCGAUGUGUACGGAACCGUUGGUCGUGCGUGGGAACAAGGACAAGGUGAUAACUACACAGCGCUCAUUUCAUCCUCACACUGUCGGUAUCUUGUGCCGUGGUGAUGAAGAGUUCGCCGUGGCACAGCUGAGCUUAAGUAGACCCAAUCUAGUAGCCGGUAUGCAAGCUGACCUGUGCGUGCUUCGCUCCAGUGUACACAACUGUGAUCACAAGUGGGAGGUUGAGCAGCAGCUACCGAUCCAGUGCAAGUUCUCCGAAUCAUCUGACUUGAUCUAUUGGAAAACUGACACAGUCAUCCCUUUCAAGACUGCUCUGUACUGGGUCGACUUCUGCAGCGGAGGUAUGCUAUUCUGUGAUGUCUUCCAGGAAAGGCCUGCCAUCUCUUACCUUCAAUUGCCUAUUUGUAACCGAAAUCCUGGUUAUGAAGUACGCCCAUUUCAUGAUAUGCACCGUUCUGUGUGCAUCACCAAAGGCGGCCAGGAGCUCAACUUCAUUGAUGUCGUCCGUGAGGAUGGUAAGCAUGUUGGCCCAAUGAGCCCUGAUACUGGUUUCACUAUCAACCGCUAUGCUUUGAUGACAAGCAGCUGUGGCACCUUGACUUGGAAAAAAUUCGUCGUCAAAUCUUCUGAAUUGGACUCUCUCGAAACCUCUCCAUCUCAAGCUCUGACGUUCCCUCUUGUGAGUAUGGACAAUCCAAACAUGGUGCACUUUCUGCUAUCUAAGAAAAUGGCGGAUGGAAUCGACAACGUUUCUGUGGUUACUGUUGAUAUGAAAGCCAAGGAAAUGGUGUCGAGUCAUCCUUACAUUAAGGGUAAUGAAGACCUCCUGGGCAAAGACGUGGAUAUGGUCAGACGAAAGUCCCAUCUUCUCCAGCCAUUUAUUUCCUCCAGGCUUCCAAAAUUCUUCAAUCGCUCCAGGCCUUCCGCAUCUUCGGAGAAACACAUAACCCAACAGGAAUGGAAAGUGACCAAAUUUAUGGCUUCACUUUUCCUCUCUGAAUUUUAGACUUGGGCUUUGUAUCAGUUGUUUGCUUUAAAUGAUAAUUAUAUUUCAGUAAUUCGCUUUAUUUCAGCAAUUAUAUUUCAGCUAUUCCUUUUUUGUUUUAAUAGCUUCAAGCGGAAGGUGCAAACAAGACGCCAGGAUUAAAUCAGGCAGCCAAUUAUCGUCAAUGUCUAGACAUCCUGCAUCGUAAUAUUACGAUCAUGAAAAAAAAACACUAGCUAUCUGAUGCACUAGUUUAUUAAUAGUAUGAUAUCUCCAAUGAACUUGUAGUAGCAUGUGAUGUUGUAUCUUGGUUAAUAACUGCCAAAACUUACUGUGGGUGCGAAAUGUGAAGACUUCUGUUAUGUGGUUUAUCAUGGUAAAUCUUUUUUCCUGA